AUGAAGCUCCUCUACCCCACCUCUAUCCCCCUCGACACGCAGAGUCUGGAAGGAUUCAGCGUGACGCUGCAGCCAUACGACGUGAAAAGCCCGAUCCCAGAGGAACACACCGACGCCGAGAUUCUGGUCGCCUGGACCAACUCGGCAGACAACCUCAAGGACGCUGCGAAACGCCUGACCAAGCUACGCUGGAUCCAGGCUCUGGCCGCGGGGCCCAACGACAUACUCAAUGCCGGGUUCGACACCUCGAAAGUCACCAUCACCACGGGCUCAGGGCUCCAUGAUCGCACCGUGUCCGAACACACGCUGGGCCUGCUGCUGAACGCGGCCCGCCGCUUCUACGAGAUGCGCGACUACCAGCUGCAGAACAAAUGGCCUGGUCACCUGGGAGGCCCGCAGCCUGAUCGGCCCAAAAACGCCUUCACGACGCUGCGGGAUGCCAACGUCCUGAUCUGGGGGUUCGGCAACAUCGCAAAGGCCCUCGCCCCGCAUUUGACGGCCUUGGGCGCCGUGGUCCGAGGCGUCGCUCGACACCCCGGAGUGCGCAACGGCAUCGAAGUCUACAGCGAAGACAAACUGCCCGAACUGCUGCCUUCGACAGACGCUUUGGUCAUGAUUCUCCCGGGAUCGGAGUCGACGCGCAAUGCUCUGAAUGCCGAGCGCCUCAAAUUGCUUCCGUCGCACGCUUGGGUCGUCAACGUGGGACGGGGAACGUCGGUUGAUGAGGCAGCGCUGGUGGAGGCUUUGAAGAAGGGCGAGAUCGGCGGUGCUGCCCUCGAUGUGUUUGUCAAGGAACCGCUGCCGGAGGAUUCGCCGCUGUGGUCGGCACCCAAUGUGAUCGUGAGCCCGCAUGCGGCCGGCGGCCGGCCUCAAGAUGCAGAGGUGUUGAUUGCGGACAAUUUGAGGAGGUUCUUGGCCGGCCAGGCCCUGAAGAAUGUCAUUUAG